GCCUCUAGCUCUCCCUGUGCUAACUGCCUGCGCCUUGACAGCCCCGGCUGCGCAAAGCAGAAGGUUUAGUUGGGACUUGCCUUGGCGACCCCAUGGCAUCCCCACGAACCGUAACUAUCGUGGCCCUCUCAGUGGCCCUGGGACUCUUCUUUGUUUUCAUGGGGACCAUCAAGUUGACCCCCAGACUCAGCAAGGAUGCCUACAGUGAGAUGAAACGUGCUUACAAGAGCUAUGUCCGAGCCCUUCCUCUGCUGAAGAAAAUGGGCAUCAAUUCCAUUCUCCUUCGAAAAAGUAUUGGCGCUCUUGAAGUGGCCUGUGGCAUCGUCAUGACCCUGGUACCCGGGCGUCCCAAAGAUGUGGCCAACUUCUUCCUGCUCCUGCUGGUGUUGGCUGUGCUUUUCUUCCACCAGCUGGUCGGUGAUCCUCUCAAACGUUAUGCGCAUGCUCUGGUGUUUGGUAUCCUGCUUACCUGCCGCCUGUUGAUUGCCCGCAAGCCUGAAGACCGGUCUUCUGAGAAGAAGGCCUUGCCUGAGAGUGCAGAGGAGCAACCCUCCUUAUAUGAGAAGGCCCCGCAGGGCAAAGUGAAGGUGUCAUAAGAAAUUGAAAGUGCAAAAUUAGGACCUUCUAGGCAGUUGCCUCUUUGACACCCAAGAAGAUAUCAGUGUGUGUUUUUCAUUUGAUUUAUUUAUCUUGGGGGAAAAGAGAAAAAUACAAACUGCAAGUUAGUUGGCUUGUGUACAUCUAUACCCUAAAAUGACCUCCCCACAUUGACAUUCGUGCACCACCUUUAAUCACUCUGGAGCAAUGCUCACAUCUUGCUGCAUGUUCAUGUAUAUGGCUACUAUUGAGGUGUAUUUGUGAGGUGGACUCCAGCAAGCAUGUGACUGUGAGAUUAUGUGUGGGGGAAUGUAUUUAACUGCCAUGUGUGUGAGUAUACACACAUGUGUAGGGGAGGCUCUGAUCUUGAACUAAUCCUGCACAUGUAUCCUUCCCUUUAUAAAUUGAUGCCAGCAAAGGUAGAAUAAAGGAACCCUCCUGUCAAGAGAAUCGUAUUCUGGUAGAAAACAAAGAACCUAUUUCCACGUGGGAUGGAAAUCCCUCUCUGCAUUAAGCUGUAAACAACUCACCAUUUUAUGAGAAGAGUUUCUUCAAUUUAAUCAGCCUCUAGUUCAACUUUCAAGUGUGAAACACUCAACAUCAAGUUCAAUUCAAACAAGGGACAUAUGCAGCCAAUAUUCUGGGUCUUCAAGCGAUGCAGUAGGAGGUUUCUCCUUGCCUUUUUCUGAGCCCAACCUACUGAGCUCUGGCUAGCAGUUGGAAAUUUAAUUAACAAGCUUUUACUAGCCACAGUCAAAAUUGGUUUUAAGACCAAAGCUGCCUCACUUUCACUAUUCUCAGUAGCCAACCAGGAUCUGACAGCUUCCCCACAGUUUCCACUGAAAGACCAGCCACUGGUCCUGUUAAAAAUUCGAAUCUCCAGCCCUAGCGGUUUUCUGAAACCUGACAUUGAAUAGAGAAGCUAUAGCCAGUGUUUAUCUAUCAGAUGAGUCCUCUACUCCUAUUGAUUUGUCACUGAACUUUGCUAAUGUUAACAAAGUCCAAACUACACCCAGAAAUGUCGGUUGUACACCUCUUCAGCAUUCCAGUGGGUCGAGUUUGACUAGGGGAAGGACGUUUGACAUGGGUUAGUUGGAUUGAGCAGUAUGGAAAUUAGCUUUCGUAGUUACAUACUGCUGUUUCUCUUUGUUAAAUGUGCUUUGAUGGUUUUAAUAUUG